GUUUGUAUUUAUAUAUAUCUCUAUUCUCUAACGAUACUCAAUAAUAAAUCACCAAAAAUAAUUCUCUCCUUUUUUUAUAUCCUUUUUUUUGUAUUGUUUAAGUUAACCUAGUUUGUAUUUAUAUAUAUCUCUAACAAUACUCAAUAAUAAAUCACCAAAAAUAAUUCUCUCCUUUUUUUAUAUCCUUUUUUUGUAUUGUUUAAGUUAACCUAGUUUGUAUUUAUAUAUAUCUCUAACGAUACUCAAUAAUAAAUCACCAAAAAUAAUCUUAUAUCCAUCGGCACCGCCGUCUUCGAUCUCCACCACCAUCCACUGACCACUUUCAUCUUUGAUCUGUGGUUAAUUGUUCAUGGUUGUUGAUGCUGCAAUGGAAGAUUCUAUGCUUAUGGAACAAAUUGAUAAAAAUGACAGGCUCACCAAUUUGCCAGACGAUAUUCUUUGGUUCAUUCUAUCCCUGGUUGACUUCAAAGAUGCUACAAAAACUAGCAUUCUUUCGAGGAGGUGGAGAUAUAUGGCAACUUAUUACACAAGUUUGAACUUCGAUAUUGCGCAGAUAUUGGUAGAUAAUAGUCCCAACCCCAAUGAUAUUUUGGCAUAUUGGAAAUCAACUAUGAAUAGAAAAAAGAAAUUCCCAAAUUGGGUGAAUGGGGUUUUGAACUUGCAUCGUGCUCCAUUCAUUAAUGACUUUAGAAUUCGCGUUCCAUUAGGUGAGUCUUGUACACAUUAUAUCAAUAUGUGGAUUAAAUUUGCUAUUUCUAAAAGAGUUAAGAAUUUGGAGCUCGAUUUGAGUGGUGGAACAUCUGUUUAUGAGCGUGAUUACUCCUUACCAUUGAAUGUCUUGAAUGAUUUUUUAUACGAGAAUGGGCUUAGCUACCUAACAUCCAUAUGUUUAAAGUGUGUUGAUGUGAAGGAAGAGGUUCUAGAAGCGCUCUUGUCUCAGUGCCAUCUGUUAGAACGGCUACACAUCGAAAGAGCUGACAAUCUGUCAAAUGCGAAGAUCAUGAAUUUGUCACAAAAGUUGAAAUAUUUGGCUAUUCACAAUUGCUUCUUGCUGGGUAAAGUUGAAAUACAUGCUGUGAAUCUUCGAUCUUUUGAAAUUUCAUCCAUCACCAAAAGGCUAGAUCUGGUUUGUGCUUGUGUACCAUCGCUUGUUGAAUUAAGUUUCCGUUGGAGGUAUUUUGAUGCUUGCGUGCUUCCAAAUAUCUUGCGGAGCAAAUGCUUCCCCACACAGCUGUCUAAGCUUUGCCUUGAUAUGAACAUGAUUACUGGUGAUCUUAGCAUUCCUUCCUUUCCUUGUGUCAAAUACUUGGAGUUGCGAGUUAUAGUUGAUCGCCAUAGAAACAUUCUUCCGUUGAUGUGCUUUGCAGAGGCCUGUCCUUUAUUGCAUGAAUUAAAGUUGCAGGUAAUGUGGUGGUGGUGUCGUUCUUGCAGGAGACCGGAUGUUGAAUCGAAUUCUGAGAACGAGUCAGAGUCAGAAUCAGAAUCAGAGUCAGAGUCAGAAUCAGAGUUAGAAUCAGAGUCAGAGUCAGAGGAGUGCAAUCUGGAUUAUGUGAAGCAUUGGUUGGAGACACUAGAUGAUACUAGUGCAACCCUUCCUAACUUACGAAAACUCGAAUGGAUGGGAGCUUUUAGUGUUCAUGAAAAUUUAGAAUUUACAUUAGCCUUGUAUUGUCUGAAGAAUGCCAUCAACCUUGAAAAAUUCAUAUGCAAUCCGCGGGAUUUGUCAUAUAAUUUUCUUAAGCGUGGUGGUGAUACUAGUGGAAUUGAAGAAUCUGGUAGACGGCGUGCAAGGAAACUAGCUUUGGUUAUCCCAUGUCAUGUUCAAUAUGUCAUUCUUUGAUAAUACACAAUGAUUAAUUUUAGCAAAGACACAUUUAUCUA